UUUUGAGUAUCCCAUUUCUUUUGAUAAUAUGCAAAAAUGAACACUCCAUCGGCAGCCCAAGUGUUACGUUUAUAUAAAAAUUUACUACGAUACGGACAAAACCUCCAGUACACCGAUAAGGAUUAUUUCUGCAAUCGCAUAAGAAAAGAGUUUCGGAACAAUAAAACUUGUUCUAGAACAGAGGAUUUAAUUUUCAACUUUGAGAAAGGAAGGGCACUCUUAGAAAACGGCCGAGUUGUGUGACGAUACAUAACCUUAAAAUAUUUCAAAAUGAUAGCAUACCGAAAUCUUUCAAGUUUUUUACACCCUGCUAAACAGUUAAACUAUAGUUUGUUAACU